AUGAUUAAGUCACAAAGCAAGGGUAGGAUUCCAGUUUUGAAAAAUGGAGCUGAGGGAGAAAAGCCAAAAUCUGAAGCCUCCACAAGCAAAUCUCCAUCUGUUCGGCCUAAAUUAUUCGGUGGUAAAAAGACAGACAAAUCAAAGGAUGUGGAGAAAGCAAAAUCAAAAAGCGAAAAAUCAAAAGUGAAAGAUGAAAAAACAAAGGAUAGAGAAAAAAUGGAAGAGAUCAGACGUCAAAAAGUUGAAGAAGCAAAAGAAAAAGAACGCCAGAAGAAAUUGAAAAAGGAAAAAGAGAAAGUGAAGGAAAAAUCGGAAAAAGAAAAAAAGAAGUUUUUUAAACCUAGUGAGAGAACUCAGUCAAAACUUGGAUCCAAAUCCAAAUCCAAGAUAUCUCAACCAGGUUACUACUAA